CUGGCCGCCUCCACCGUGCGCCUCGCCAUCGCGCUCGCUAGCCGCCUCGCCGCCCGGACACCGUCUCGCCGCUGCCAUGAAUCCGCUUCCGUAUGCUCCAAACGCGGCUAGCCGCGCUCGGGCCGCUCGACGUUUGGCGAACAAGGCCGUCUCCGCCGCCAAGACCAGUGGCGCCUCCGUGCCAGCAAUGCCCGCUCCUCUGAUCCCGGCCACUCACCAUGGUCCUCCGAUUUCUCGGCCCCCGUUGCACGGCUUCUCUGCCCCCACUGCAAACCUACACAACUCUGCCCCCGUCGGCGGUGAGCCGAGCUCCUGGCGUGCGGGGCUGGACCUCAACACCGCCGCCUACACCCUGGAAAACUCGCCUGAUCUACUCCGGCAGCCGCGUUCCUUCUCAACCGCCGGCAACGCAGAGGGGCGCAACCUGUUCGGCCAAUUGUUCAGCCAAGCAGAUGAGGACUAUCAAGAAGAAUAUAUGGCGCAGUUGAUCAACAAUGGUGAACAACCCCUCAAAAUCACUAUUCACCUAUGGAGGAGUCAAUGCAAGCAUCCAAUGCAAAGGCAACUUGCAAGAGAGGGGCCGCGUACACUAUCAAAGAAGAUGAAUUACUAUGCAUUGCUUGGUUGGAAGUGUCUCAAGAUCCAAUUCGGGGGGCUGAGCAAAGGGGUUCUGCUUAUUGGAAGAGAAUCCAUGAGUACUUCCAUGAGUGGAAGAACUAUCCCCCACACUGUUUCACAAGCGAUCAUAAUGAGAGCUCACUUGCUCAUAGGUGGUCCACCAUCCAAGAUGCCACCAAUAAAUUUUGUGGGGCUUUUGAGCAAGUUAACAACAGAAAAGUCAGUGGCAUCGGUAUUAAGGACCAUAUGGGUAUGGCAAUGUCGUUGUACAAUAGCAAUGAGGGAAAGCCAUUUGGGUUUGUGCAUUGUUGGACCAAGCUCAACAAGGCCCCAAAAUGGGAAGCUAUUGUUUCAUCACUAAAGGAAGGCCAUGGCUCAUCGAAGAAGCAAAAGAGCAAUGAAGGGUCAAGCUGCCAAUCAAGCUCCCUAAAUGAAGAUGGUGAAGCUGGAGAAGGGUUAGCUUCUGGGGGCCGUGUGCAAAGGCCAAAGGGCAGGAAGUGGGAGAAAGCAAAGGAGAAGAGAGCAAAGAGCACAAAAGAUGCAUGGGCUGAGAUCAUGGCCAAUAAACAGCUCGCAUGUGGCAAAAGGGUAGAAGAAAAGGAAGCAAAGAAGGAGGAAAGACACCAAGCUUUCAUGGAGAUACAAAGGCAGAAGGUAGCACUUGAGCAGAAGAAGGUAGACACCGAUGCCGAAAAUGCAGCCACUGCCAGGUUGAGUGAGGACUCAAAGAUCAUGUUUGCUGACACAAGUUUAAUGGAUGAGAAUCAAUGACAAUGGGUUAAUCUCAUGAGGGGCGACAUCUUGGCGCGGCACGCCAAAACGAGUUGACAUCUUCUCUUGAAAGUGUGUCAAGACUUGGAUGUAUCAAGACUUGGAUUAUUUGAUGUUCAGACCCUCGAUCUUUUCUUUAUGGAGUGCGUGCUGGGUAGCAUGAUCGUCGUCAACGCGGUGGAUCAAUGAGGCCCUGUGUGUGCUUUGUUAUAUCAAAUUGUGUGAUCCUGUGCUGGAAGCUAGAUCAUGUGCAUCUUGUUUGUGGAGCAUAAAUUGCAAAGUACAAAUUUCUUGAGAAAUUGAAUGGUGUAUGUUCUAUUUUCAGUUUUUUUUCACUUUCAUUGCUUGCUGUGAUUUUGGAUUGAUGAUGGUGAAUUCUGUGUGUUUGUCAACAUACAGAAUAGAUUUUGUUUUGUUUGUGCAGACUAGAAAACCUUGGAUGUUUACUGUUGCUUCAUCUUGUAUUGAUGCCUGUUAUAUAAAUGGAUUUUCUUAAUUGUA